AUAUUUCCGCACUCCAUUGGAUAUACACCGUCAAAAAAAAAAGUAGAAACAAUGGACAGCAAGGUCCUCGAAACAGCAGCAAGCGCGGUACAGGCAAGGAACCGCAUCCGCCACCACAUCUACCAAACACCUCUCAUUCCAGCCCGAGUGCAAGGCAAGGCCAACGGCGCCACGGUGCUCUUCAAAGCAGAGAACUUCCAACUGACGGGGUCCUUCAAAAUUCGAGGCGCGAUGUCCAAAAUGUCGAGCCAAACUGGAAACGGGAAAUUAAUUACAGCGUCCUCGGGCAACCAUGGCAUUGGUGCCGGGUGUGCGGCACAGACCCUCUCGAAGAGUCUCACUGUUGUGCUCCCGGAAACAGUGGUGCCCGCAAAGCUGGAGAAAAUUCGGUCCUAUGGUGUAGAGGUUAUCCUCCAUGGUGGUGAAACUGGGCUUGCUGAACAGCAUGCGCAGCGGCUCGCUACGUCGGGCGUAUACAGUUAUAUUUCGCCGUACAAUGACCCUGAUAUCAUUGCUGGACAGGGGACGAUUGGCUUGGAGAUUCUGGAGCAGUGUGAGCGGGUGGAUAAUGUCUUUGUCUCCAUGGGUGGCGGCGGACUGGUUAGCGGGAUAGGGGCAGUUCUCAAGGCUUUUAGUCCACACACAAAGGUAUAUGGUGUUGCUGCCAUUAACUCGAAGGCUCUCGCCGAGUCCAUGGCGGUGGGCCAUACAGUUGAAACGGAACAUCUGGAUACACUGGCUGAUGCCGUGGCUGGCGGUAUCGAUACAAAUACCCUCACACUGCCGCUGGCGAUGUCUGUUGUGGAUCACGUUGUCGAAUGCAAUGAAGAAGAAAUCCAAGCGGCCUUGAGGGCCCUUGCCUUUGAUGAAAAUAUGAUGGUGGAGGGUUCUGCCGCUCUUGCCCUUGCCGGCUUUACGAAGGUCGCGCACGGACUAGCCCACGAAACCAGUAUCAUUGUCUUGUGCGGUGCAAACUUUGACCUCGAGGUCCUCAAGCGUGCCAUCUUCGAUCUCUGAGACCAUUCGGCUUUCAGCACACCUCCCCCGAGAGGAGGAAAUAUGAAAAUAUCAAGGGGUGAAAAUGCUUGACUUGCAUCAGCGGGAUAGCAGUAGAUCGCUGGCCAAUGUUAAGCCGGGGGUAUGUUACAUUUUCCAUGCUCGUAGUACCAUUGAACAGACACGUGUCGUCUUCUCAUCGAUACUAGGAUAUGGCUGUCAAAAUAGUAACUAACCUCUAUAUAGUCUUGGAGGUCCAUCUAUUCAAGGUGUAGGAAAUAUAGUUGGGCCUAACUAGCGAAACGGGUGUUGGUGCCACCACUA